GGAUCCAAUCCAUUACAGAGCGUUGUAGUAGUAGUAUCUACAAAGUACCUUCCUUUUGCACAAAGGGUGUGUUGAGAGAAAGAUGGCCAGUACGUCGUCGUUGUUGUCGUCGGCGGUGACGGAGGAGGAGGUGACGCUGACGGUGAAGUGGAGCGGCAAGGAAUACACCGUCAGAGUGUGCGGUGAUGAUACCGUUGGAGAAUUGAAGCGGCGAAUAUGCGAAGUCACAAAUGUACUACCCAAACGCCAGAAGCUUCUCUACCCCAAAGUCGGAUCAAAACUCGCCGAUGACUCUCUCCUUCUCUCCCAACUCCCCCUCAAAUCUUCCCUCAAAAUGACCAUGAUCGGUACCGUUGAAGAUGAUAUAAUUGUGGACCAAGUGGACUCUCCAGAGAUCAUCGAUGAUUUUGAAUUGGGGCAAGCUGAAGCUGUUGACAUUAAAGAUAAAGAGGUCAAUAAGCAAAAAUUGAGAAAAAGAAUUGAUCGAUGCAAGAUUGAACUUCGGAAUCCAUGCCGUAAUGGAAAGAAGCUGCUUGUUUUAGAUAUUGAUUAUACCCUAUUUGAUCACCGCUCCACAGCGGAGAACCCACUUGAACUUAUGCGGCCUUAUCUUCAUGAGUUUCUCACAGCCGUUUAUUCAGAAUAUGAUAUUAUUAUCUGGUCUGCAACCAGCAUGAAGUGGGUUGAAUUGAAAAUGGGAGAGCUUGGGGUACUCGACAAUCCUAACUACAAAAUUACAGCUCUCCUAGACCAUUUAGCAAUGAUUACAGUUCAAUCAGAUUCUCGAGGAACCUUUGACUGCAAGCCUCUCGGCUUAAUAUGGGCUCAAUUUCCGGAGUUCUAUAAUUCCAGAAACACUAUAAUGUUUGAUGAUCUACGGAGAAACUUUGUGAUGAAUCCACAGAAUGGUUUGGCGAUAAAGCCGUUCAAGCAGGCCCAUUCAAAUCGAGACAAGGAUCAGGAGCUUGUGAAGCUCACCCACUACCUGCUUGCAAUUGCUGAACUUGAUGAUAUCAGCCACCUUGAUCAUAAGAACUGGGAAUCAUACAAUGAGGACACUUUUAAGAGGCGCAGGCAUGCAUGAGUUUUCGUGGCAGUUCAGAAAUUGUUAAGAGGUUGCUGCUUACGUAAACUUCUAAGAUAAUCAUUGUAUGUUAUUGGUAUAAUUACAGUGCAGAUCCAUGGAAUGGUAGCUUUUUUUUCGAGGCUCACAACAAACUCUGUAAUAUUCACAAAAUCUUUUCAGAUGUGUAUGACAAAUUUGUAUUGAAAAUUUGCAUUACUCUAUUUAUUUGCAGCAGAAUUUGAAGUC